CUCAAACUGCUGUCGAGCCUGGGUGUCUUCCACUGCACAUACCACAUACGCAACCAGCUCGCUUUCUAAUAUAUACAGAGAGAGAGAGAGGGGCGUUUAUCACGCGCCGAUUUAAGUUUUUCGAGAGUUGAAAGGUCAGACUUUCGCGGCACUGACGAACCUGUCCCUCAUUCAGGGACGGAAACCAUGCCAAAAAAGCAGAGCGUGGCCUUGGAGAGUGACGUGAGUGAGAUCAGAAUCACGGUUAAGCGUGCUGAAGAUGACAAGAGUAUUAGCAUCAACGACGAGGGAGGACUGUGGGCCAACAAGCUGGAGUUCCUCCUCUCCUGCCUGUCCUUCGCUGUCGGCCUAGGCAACAUCUGGAGGUUUCCCUACCUCUGCUACCGCAAUGGAGAAGGCGCCUUCCUGAUCCCAUACGCCAUCAUGCUGACCAUCACGGGACUUCCGCUCUUCUUCUUCGAGCUGAGCCUGGGUCAGUUCGGGCGUGAGGGACCCAUCACCAUCUGGAAGGUGGUGCCCCUCUUCCAGGGCGUGGGCGUGGGCAUGUUCAUGAUCGCCUUCUUCAUCGCUCUCUACUACAACGUCAUUAUCGCCUGGGCCCUCUUCUACCUCUUCUCAUCCUUCACGGCAGAGCUGCCAUGGCAGUCCUGCGAUCACUGGUGGAACACCGCCGCAUGCAGGAGGUUCGACGCCAAGAACUGUACAUCUCUGGAGGGCCUUAUGGCGACUAAUGGCACCUGCUUCUUCCAGUCACAAGUGUCGCCGAUGGAGUGGGAGUCGCUAAACGCGACAGCCCAGAGCCUGAAGCUCCCAGCCGAUGAGUUCUUCCACAACUUUAUGCUGGACAUCUCCGAGGGUUUCCACGACCCGGAAGGGCACACACUGCAGUGGAGACUGUGUCUCUGUCUCAUCCUCUCCUGGGUCAUCGUCUUCCUGGGACUCUUCAGGGGAGUCUCCAGUAUGGGCAAGGCUGUGUACUUCACUGCACUGUUCCCGUACACUGUUCUCAUCAUCCUCUUCGUCAGGGCUGUGACACUGCCAGGAUGUCUUAAUGGCAUCUCCUUCUACAUCACCCCACGCUGGCAGUUCCUUCUUAAUGCCAGGGUCUGGGCUGAUGCUGCCAUGCAGAUCUUCUUCUCUCUGGGACCUUGCUGGGGAGGACUCAUCACCCUGGCCUCCUUCAACAAGUUCACCAAUAACUGUCUCAGGGAUGCCAUCUUCAUCAGUGUUGCCAACUGUAUGACCAGCUUCUUCUCUGGCUUCGUUAUCUUCGGUAUCGUUGGCUUCAUGGCACACGAACUGGGUGUUGAAGUUGAGGAGGUGGCCGCUCAAGGCGCUGGUCUGGCGUUCGUGGCAUACCCUGAGGCAGUGGCUCGCUUGCCCAUCUCUCCCCUGUGGUCAGUGUUGUUCUUCGUGAUGCUUCUCACCUUGGGUAUCGGCUCACAGUUCACCAUCGUUCAGACGGUCAUCACCUGCCUCGUCGACUUCCUGGGUCUACACAAGCACCACAAGAAGAUGUGCCUGGGUGUGUGCGUUGUUGGCUGUGCCAUCGGACUCACUAUGUGCACCAGACACGGCAUGUACAUCCUCCAGCUCCUGGACAACUACUCUGGCACCUACUCUGCUCUUAUGAUCGGCUCUGUUGAGCUGGUGGCAAUAUGUUGGGUAUACGGCGUCGACAACUUCAUGAACGACAUCAAACUCAUGUUGGGGACCUACCCCUUCCCUCACUACUACUGGAAGUAUGCCUGGAAGUUCCUGACUCCUCUCAGCGUCAUGUUCAUCCUGAUCUUUACGUUCAUUGACUACUCACCAUCCGUGUAUGGAUCAUACCACUUCCCUUUGUGGGCGGACGUUCUUGGCUGGUUCAUCUCAUUCUCCUGCAUCAUAGUCGUUCCCAUCCGUGCUGCCUGGCUGAUGGCCGGCAAGAGUGGACCAUUAUGGGCGCGGGUGCAGCAGCUGUGUCGACCAGAGGCUGAGUGGGGACCUGAGAACAAGCGGCGUGAUGAUGCUUCUCUCAAUUACAUUGACUCCAAGACGCCUCUUGCAUGCGAUGAUGAAGAGUACGAGAUGGACCGCGAGUCUCCCUACCUGACACGGGUAUCAGAGGAGUGGGAGGACGAAGAGGACGAUGGUCUCCAUAUGAAGGCCCCCACAAGAGCCAAGGUCUAAAUUUAUUGUGCCCUCAUUUCUAUUGCUACCUAUGAUCUGCUGUGGCUACCUGCUGGAGAUUAUGCUAGGUAGCCAAGUCCCCUUGGGAUUCGCUUUGUGAGAGUUCUAGUCCUUCUAGACACAAUACCAGGUAAAUAUGUCCUCACUGGACCUCCUAGGGUCUGCUAGUAGCUACCUGCUCGAGAUUAUACUAGCUGGCCACGAGUUGCUGGGGUCUGUGUAGACUUGCUACUCCAUGCAUUCUCACAAGGAUAUGUCCCCCUCUUAAUAGGAUUUCAUCUGAGGGUUCCUACAGAAUGUAUUGGAAAGAACGUCCCAUUUCUGGGAGCUGUCUGACACCAUCCUUGGACCAUAUCUGGAUAAUGCGUAGGACAUCUCGUCAAUUUAUUCUUGCAAGGAAGCCUUGGAAGAUCCUGUACCUGUAAAUGGGCUCUUCCACUCCCACAGUCCAGAGUAGUCCACAAGUCAAUCUUUCUCCAGAGACCUAAAUAAAUUACCAGAGUAUAGCCUCAUCUGCAGGGCUUGCAACUAGUUUUCUGUAGGUUAGCUUCCUUGGGAACCUAAGCAGAGCUUUAGAAGACGUCAUUACCUGAAGUCAGCGUCUUCAGAUUAUUCUGUCGGUCAGUAGUCCUUUAGUGGUUCACUACUGCCUUUAGCACCUCUGUUCUUGACUGCAGUAGUGUUUCAUCAAAAAGAAAGUCACAAUAACGAACUCGGCUUCAUUGUAGGGAGUAAACUGUGGUACUUGAAAAUGAGAAAAAAUCAAAUCCACCUUAAUGUUUGCUCUCCAACAAAUUAGCUACAAAACUGAAACGUAAAACCCAGACUGCCAUAAAUAAACUUGAUAUGCCUUGAUCUACUGGUGGGUUGCAAGUUUGUGUCACUCUCCUCCUGUAUCAUUAUACUGUACCCAAAACUAGCACUUAAAGUGAAACUAGUAUAAUCAAAUCAACACCAAAGAUGUCAUCUGUGAAAAUAGGUAAAAGACACAAGUGAAACUAAUGUGACAUUUUAUUGUGACAAUGUUUCGCUCUCCAGGAGCUUUAUCAAGCUUGACAUAGCUCCUGGAGAGCGAAACGUUGCCACAAUAAAAUGUCACAUUAGUUGCACUUGUGUCUUUUACCUAACAUAUUGUCGGCAAUUCUACCACCAUUAAUACCAUCUGUGAAAAAUUGCAGCAGCUGCAUGUUUAUUGUACUUCCUGAAGCAGUAGACCUGUGUGGGCGGAGGCUCGAUUCUCUGUCCGCUUAAUCGCGGUGAUGUUGGUGAUGAAGAAUUACAUCCUAAAAGGAUUUUUUUGCAAGUGAUACAUAUUGGUCUUGUACAGAAGGAAUCUUAACAGUUGUUGGUCAUUGAGUUACAUUGUCAGUAAUAAUUUGUGAUUAUGUAAUUCUUUAUACAUGUAUGCAUUGCAUUAUUUGUGAGUAUUUUGUGCAGUACAUACACAUUCAAUGUACAAUGUAUAUAUGAAAGCGAUUAGAUUUAGUAUCUCAGAUGACAUAUAUAUAUAUAUAUAUA